GGAUCCGUGGAGCGCGGCUGGGAGGUGACUGCAGGUAUCUUCAGCCAUGUGGACGACAGUGCUAGCAGCGCUGGCUCUGGCCCACGCGGGCCACGGCUUCGUCUUGUCCGGGUUUUCGGUGCCUGGCAGCCCCGAUUACGGGUCGACCGUGCACCUGGAAGCCGACUAUAGACUGGGCCGUGGAGAGUACAUCAAGAAGAUGAGGUGGUUUAAGGACGGAAACGUCUUCAUGUCGUACUCACAGAGGCCCGACGAGUUCUACAACUGGACGCCCGUCGACGGAAUCAAUAUCGACAGGGCCGCGUCGUCGUCGUCCAAUGUGGUUCUGACGAACGUGCAGGACGGGGCUUCCGGCCAGUACACCCUGGAGGUGCAAGUGUACGGGCCGGGCGGCAACGUGGCCAACAUUGUCAAUAGCCAAAGCAUGAGCGUUGGAGGUGGUGGUGGCCUUGGCACCCGGUUCGGUGGAGGCUCGGCUGGAGGCGUCGGCGGCACCACCUUCUUCCAGAGCUCGUCCACCGGCGCCGCCUUCCCGGGCGGCCUGGGCACGGCCACCACCUUCCAAGGCACCACUGGCGGCGGUAGCUUCCAGAGCGCGACCGUGGGCGGACACCCGGGCGGUACCCAUACCAGCUUCCAGAGCGCGGCGGCGGCAGGCAGCGUCGGCCCCGACGGCCUCGGCAUCCGCGCCGGCUUCCAGAGUGGCGGCGCCCCGGUGGGACCUGACGUGGCGCAGACCAUCCAGAGCGCGCUGGCGGAGGCACAGGCGCAGAUCCAGAACACCGUCAACCAGAUCAACCAGCUGCAGCAGGCGCUGGCGGGCAUAGGGUACUAGAUGCGGUACUGCGCACAGCACGGCCGGUGUUGGGCGGUGGCGGCGAUCGUAUGCCCGCUGGCGGGAUCGUGGUGGCGAUCCUGUGCCUUCCCGCGAGAUGGCCGCGGCGACCUUUGUGCCUGUCCACAGCAAUCGCGCAGGGCUUGCGGCGAUCCUCUGGAGAUUUAUGUCAUGCAAGGGAUUGUAAGGGUCCGGGCUGUUGACGGAGGGGCCCAUGUUGCGUGAGCGAUGCAGACCACGCGAGUUGUGAGACUGUGAGCUGGCAUUCGCUUCCAGAUGGAACGCGUGUUGUUUAUCGCGGUCAGUAGGCCAUUCAGAUAAAUUUUGACGAUAGGUUUUGAUAGUGCGUCCAAAGCAGUGAAUCUCUGUCGUUUCUCCACGGAGUGGUUUUGCAUCUACGGCACACCUGUAUUAACUGGCUUUUUAGGGUUUAUAUUGCUGUACCUUUGUUAAUAAUAUAAAGACCUUGACAACGUG